AUUGGCUUUGAUUUUACUUACAAUUUACAAAUUGUAAGCAAACAGUGAUUUAAUCUGUAAAUUGUGUGUGUACUAGGUCAUUUGGGCAUUUGUGGGUGUGGCUGUCAAUAUGCCACAAACAGAUCCGGACUCCUCUUAUUUGAUCAGAAUUCACGGCACAUGUAUGGUGAUCGCAUGGAUCGGAACCGUGAGUCUGGGCAUUGUGUUUGCCCGCUAUUACAAACAGACCUGGGUGUCCAGCACUCUAUGCGGUGUCAAAAUAUGGUUUGCUUAUCACCGGGCACUUAUGGUCACCAGUGUCACGCUUAUGCUUAUCGCUCAGAUUUCUAUAUUCAUUUACGUUGGAGGCUAUCAUGUUGGGUUGCAUCAGUUAUUUGGUACCCUAGCCUUCACUCUGGCGCUUCUCAAUCCAAUCGGAGCCCUAUUAAGACCAGAACCGGAU